GGUAAAGGAGCAUGUCCGCAAGGAAGUACGACUAGCCUGUCCCAAUGAUCAGUGAUUCCGCGAGUCUGCCAUUAUCAAGAGGAAAACUCAUAUAGCCAGGUAGAUCCUACUUUUCAACCCAAAAAAUGGUCGUGCCGAGCAACGUCCCCAGGCUCUACGUCCGCCAGGACGUCAUCGAGCAGGCGAUCUGCAAUUUCUCUUCACCGAAAUGGGGAAAUGGCAAUACGGAUACGGUUAUGGAGUUCGUCAAAGGUCUUCUGUACUGGAUCAAUUGGAGGAGACCACCGCCACCGAGUGCGGCCUCGGUAAAAGCGUGUACGUAUCAAGAAUUCCGAGUUAAGAAAGUCGAUUGGCUGGACUACUGCACGAAGCACGUGAAGACGGUGCAAAUGUAUGGAGAGGUCUUUUGCAAAUGAUAAUUCAUUAGCGUGGUUCAGCAUAACAAGUGUAGCUGUAGGUGUAGACAUCCACAAGUGACGUUCGGGGUCUUGGAAGAUGGAUCUCUGGCGUUCUGACUCGUAGGAGAGGGCUGAAGGCACAGGGAAAGUUUUACUGAUUCGACACUCGGAGGUACAUGUAGUAUAAAAGUUAUCACUUAGCUGAUAGCUUCAAAAGAAGCACUUUCUCUCCCGAUGGCAUGACUUCCCACCCUUCUCUUCAAAUUCCUUCGAACAAUGUAGCAUGCAGCUACUGGGCCAUAUUCUCCACACUAGCGGGGAUGAUCCUGAGCCCUGGCACGACCUCUGAAACCUACCUGGACGCGCGCGCCAUCGCGAUAUUCAUGCUGUUGCAACCUUAUACGCGCUUCAGGCAAUGGAUGGAGAAAAAUACGAAUCCCGAUACGUCGGCUUACAAUGAAGGUGAGUGAAGACUUGACGGCUCGUUUUUUUCCUGCUCAACCUGUACAUCCACUUCAAGAAUAGGGUUAGUAAUGAAGCACGUAAUUAUUAUCCUUUCAGUUUGUUUGCUCGAGACGCCGUGAUGGUGGUUUUUCUUCAUCAAUUGAAGAUGCACGUGGAGAGGCCUCAUUGGCAUUUAUCUGAUUAACACCAAACCCACUAGGUGCCAACCCCGCCGCCAGUCCCCGAACAGUUUCUCCGCGUUUGCAACAAACCUAUUCGCCACGAGGGUCGGCGCGUGAGCAGAUUGGCUUGUCGGGUACUGUACAGUUAAGGGCUGCCCCGUUGAAUUCUUCACUACCAUUCUUGACCUUUUUCCGAGUGGAAAUAAAGGAGGCAAGGAUGAGUUGAAGAGACGACAUCCAAUUCCGCAGCCUCUAAUACGCGACUCAAAUUUUUCGAAACAUCUAGUGAAAUACCUCAAGGCAAAUGUCCUACCACGCCUCUUGAACGACCUGCUUUUGGUCGGCGAGCCAGAGUCCGGCAGUCAGAGGUUGCACGUCCAACAGGCACAGUUCUUGCGCCUCCUAAUCGAGUGUGAGGCACCUGGACAGACAGUGGUGGAUGUCUGGCGAAGAGAAAACGCAGGAGGACACGAAGAUUUUUUGAAGCUGCUUGAGAGGCACGUGACACUGAGUGAGAAGGUAGUACUUACUCUGAUUUACUAGCGACGUCGAGUCGUUGUGACUUACGAGUCGUUGUGAAACUGAGCUAGAAAGUCUUCUGUUUUGUAACCUCAUGCUAAUCAUAUAGGUCUACCCUGCUCUGGAGCGACGCCAUUGUCAGUCAAGCGACGAAGUGGUGCAGGGAAUGUACCAGCUGCCUCAUGCCCAAGCGAGCAUGACUGCAUCGCUGACAAAUUUUUCAGCGAAGGAUAUAGCAGCUGCAGCCGGUCCCGCUGAGGAGAGGGACACAGCAGUCGUCUGCGGUCUACAAAGGAUGACGAUAAUCGAAAGCAACGCUUACUCAAGAGUUUAUGUGGUACGUAUCAGAACUUUGAGGUUUUCGACUUGUAGAAUGAACGAUUUGACGUUGGUUUUACUCACUUAUAUUUUCGUCGCAAAAAAGCUUUUCUUGAAAGUACCUUCUAGGAACUUUUCUCGAGACGGACAGAUUCAAAUCCCAUUCCCCCACACACUAGGCCGGCUGCACUUCAUGCAACGUUUACAUCACGGGCCCGUGCCAGUCCGUCCUUGUGUCCGGAUGCAAGGAGUGCGCAGUGGUUAUCACUGACGCUGAAAUGGUAACAUCGCAUGAGAAUCAAGAGACGCAAGUUCACGCAGCCGCAUCAUUGGUAAAAAUCGACAAUAGCAUAUCGUGCACUUUUUACCUAGCUACGAAGAACGCUGCCAUCAUCUGCGGCGACACGCGUAGCAUCAAACUCGCACCAUACAACGUGCUCAGUCACGAUGUACCGAGAUCGGCGCCUGGAAUAACUGGCGCGUUUGGGAAGGAGGACGUACUCUAGCCAUUGACUUUUCAAACGCGUAGAAACCGCGGUGAGAUUGAAACCGCGUAGAAACAACUUCAAAUGUUGAGUUAUACUUUUCUUUCUUGCAAAAUGGUUCCUCCCGGCUUGCAGCAGCACUUGUGGAUUAGUAGAGUAGCUAGUUUUUAUCAUUUCCAAACCAUACACACAUACACUUCAAAGUUCUGUUCAUCGUACCGUCAGGAAUUGAGUGAUGGAAUCAUUAUCUUCCCUAUCAACAACAGUCCGCCGUCCGUGAUCAUGGUGAGAGGCUAGCGACUCAGUGGGCACACCCACUCUGCUGCACUGGUCGGGAAGAGCAAUAUUCCUUCGUGAAUCCGAAAGAUUUCACACCGCUAGUGGUUCCCGGAAUCUCACCAACAGGCGAUCUUAGUGAGGAAAUGCGACGUUUGGGUACUGGUGGUGGUGGAAGCCACGUUGUGGGUGGUUCUAGUGUCGGUGCUAAUGGUGGAGAUGGCAACGGAGGAAGUGACUCAACAUCUUCUGACGCGACAUGGUGGAUCAAGGGGUUGCAUCUGCCAGAAGUUUACGCCAAGCAGCUUUACAACCGAGUAGACGACGUGCAGCGUGCGCCAGGAGGAUACAAUGCGCAUCAAAUGGAGAAAAUCAUAGAGAAUUUCUCAAAUUUCUUAACAUCUGAUCCUCGAAAGCACAAACAGCUUUGUGAUCUCGCAAAGAUUCAAGCAGCUGUAAAACAGCGAGCUGUAGGAUCUUCGACGAGGAUAUUGACGAAUUAGUGUAUGUUGAGGCUCGUGUUGCAUUUGACAACUUUCUACAGAGAAUUCGAGAUAGCAAAUUUUGACUUUCUGCAUGCGCGCGCAUAAGACAUCGUUGAAAAAGACAACACAUAAGACGACUGGUGGUAGUCAAG